GGAGGAGUCCUCUUUAGAUCAAGCCGAAGCUGAAGCUGAGACUUGUGUAUUUUGAGUUGGUGGAUAUUUGGCAUUGGCUCAAGUGAUUCAGUCUUGUUCGUGAUUCCGGCUUCAGUGAUCUCUUGUUGGGGCAAUCAAGGUAAAGGGCCUUGACAAUGGGGAAGUCCAUUCGCUCCAAGAUCAAGAAACGUCUUCGGACUGUCAAGAGGCAGAGAGUUGAUGCAAUGAUUAUUACUCCUCGAGAGCAAGAAAAGUACGAAAAGCUCGUGCAAGUCGCUCAAGGCCGCAGCGUGACUCGCCUUCGGCCCAAGAAUGCAUUCAAGUACCCCGACUCUGAAGAUGCGGUGUUUCCACAGCAUGAGAUCAUGAAGCCUGUUGAUUUCAGAGCACAGAAUUUGCCCAUGGCCGGGACAGUCUUCCGUGGCAACCGAAGGAAGUAUUCAGAUGAGGAGAAAGCAAUGUUGAACAAGAUCAUCAAAGAGAACCACCCCAAAGUGGAGAUUUUGGCCGGUGGAGGCGCAAUUCUGGCCAAGACCGGGCAAAAAGUCUCCACUGAGGAGGCGGAGUUGAUAGCAACCAAGGUGAAUCGUCCAGAGACGGUCAUCGAGCACGUGCGGAAAAACAAGGACGACUCCGAGAUGAUGGAUGCACCUCAGCAAGACGCUGAGCAUCUCAGCGUGGCAAUUGAGCCUGAGGAUGCAGCCGAUGUUUCUCGGAGACCGAUUGUCAAGGACACACGACGUGCCAAGCGAACAGCUGAAAGAAGACCGCGCCCCAAUUCGGUGAAAAAGGCCAGAAAUCCGCAAGCCCCGAAACCGGCCAAAGCUACCAAAGGUGCAAAGGCAAUGUCUGCGGUGGCGUAAAGGGACGGGACCUACUGUGCGCUGGCAGAGUGAAGCAGACAAUUUAUGUUCAUAAGUCUUCUUGUUGAUUGGUUGCCAACACCGCAAUAUGCGUGAUGUGUGGUGGCCCUGAUCUUGGGAGUUUUCAAUGCCAACUUGGGGCAUGAAGAAGACUCCAUGCGACGCGAAAAAAA